AAAGCAGACGAGAGAUCAGCUUUCUGUUUGCCGAAAAGACGGUUUUACAAAAUGGAUUUUCCGACAAGUAAUGGAGUCUAUAUGGAACCAGGAGGCGUCAUUCGAACAGUUGGGAACCCAGUCCCUGACGGUAACAUUGUGAUGGACCAUGCUUUUGAGAUAGCAGAGCUGCCUGUUAAGUUGGAGUUGAGAUACGUCAUAGAAUCAAAACGCGCUGCCAAUGGACUCGACUGUCCGAAGAUCGACCAUAACUCCAAAGAUUCCAAGAACCAACAACUUACGCCAGAAGAAGAGCAGAGAAGAAAGCUUCGGAGGGAGCGAAACAAGGUCGCUGCUUCGAAAUGUCGAAUGAAGCGGAAAGAACAUGUUAAUACCUUGAGACAGGCCGCUGAGGAACUAGAAUCAGCCAAUAGUCAGCUUGAAGCGGAGAUCGCAUACCUCACAGCAGAGCGAGAUCAACUCGAAAUGAUGCUUGACGCGCAUGUCUGUAACAUGGAGAAAGCCGUUGGUCGCGGGCCUGCCUAAGAAUGACACCUUCCCCGAAUUGAACCGAGAUGAGAUGUUCGUUCAUGAGCUGUUUCAUAUGUAUGGAAGAAAAGAAGGAUGGCAAAAGGUGAUCAUUGUCAAGAGACUGCGCUGAAAAAACAAAGUCAGAUUUGCAUCGCUUUUGAAGGAGCUCGCAUAUGACUUGAUCAGACCGCUUGAUUAGUAAUUUUAAGUGGAGACCAGCUUUCUGAUAGCUUCUGUUUUUGUUAUUUGAUAUGUCAAUCAGGCUACCUUAGUCAGACUAAAAAAUACUUACACAAGAAAAGAAAAAACAAAAAACGAACUAACGAACAAACAAACAAACGAACGUACGAACAAACAACCAAUCAAAAAAACAAACGAGCAAACUGUCAAACAGACGAAUUCUUAAGCAUAACAAUCACGUGACUGAUUGAUGAUUUUUCUUG